AUGUACCACGUCCAAACAUUUCAAUUUUUCUUUUUAUUGGUUGCUCUCCCAUUGGUAUAUAUGUUUGCCCCAUUGUACAACAAUUAUUUACUUAAGCAACCGAGUAUAAUGAGUCCAUUAUUUGAACAUUCCAAUUUUAGUGUUAUUGUUAAACAAGGUGAAGUCCACCAUCAGUUCAGUGUGCCGGAAUCUGAGUCGAAAACGUGUUUUUCAUUUAGUGAUAGUGAUGAUAUCGAAGUGUUACUCACAGACAAAGUCAAUACAAUUUCAUUCAGUAAAACAGUCACCCAGAAACAUGUCAACAUUGCGUUGACAACUGAACUAGUUUCUCCAAAACAUAUUCCAAAUGAACUCAAAGGGUUUUUUUAUUAUUCUCCAUCUCACAUGUUAAUGUCACCUGGUGUAAUAAUAACUGAAGAUGAUGGGUUUAACAAAGAGAUGGGGUAUGACCCAAGGGAUGAGUCUAGUAUACAAGAGACUCCUUAUAAAGUGGUCUGUUUACACAACUUGACAUAUGUCCAUUUCUUCAUGAUUGGAGCCGUUGAGAUGGGGUCGCGACUUUAUAAUAUUGCUGGCGUUGGAGACUUCUUUUUCGACUCUUCGGAGAUGUUCUUGAUAUUUAUCUUAGCAUCAUUUUCACUCAUUUGCGGGACUAUGUUUACAAGGUGGACUGAACCCAAAAAGGAGAAUUUAGUACUCUAUGGGUGCUUCUCUGUCAUUUUCCUAGCGAUGAAUAGCAUCAAUAAACACUUCACAGAGAACCCUAAUCCUAAUUCCUCAAUCAAUUGUAUAACACCAAUGCUCUAUUUUUCAUUUCUUUUUUUGAGGUAUGACACACUUGGUCAAGUCUUUAAUGCUAUUGGAGAAGCUUUUUUCUUCGUGUGGGAAAAUUUUUAUUACUUAUUAGUACCUCUUAUGGUUUCUUUAGUUGGGUGCUUUUUCUCAACUUAUUUGUGGUUCAGUGUUUUACUGUUUGCGUCAUUACUCGUCAGAUUUGUGGAUAAAGAAAAUAAUAUUAUCACGAAAUUGGCUGCUCUUAUCGACUUCGCAUUCGUGUUACUCUUUUUCCAUUGGAAAUUCUUCAAUAUUGCGUGUCUCCUUCCUUUUUUCGUGUUACUUAUCUAA